GCAGCCAUUUCCUGAUCAUGCUUUUUCUUCUUGGAAGCCACUGACGUUCCAUUGCUCACGAAGAGAACAAAGAAUACUCCGGUUGGAACUUUAUUGAAGCUAUAUGUUAAAAACAUCCUAAUGAUUGAUUCAGGACUUAGUUUGAAAUGUUUCUUCGACCGGUAAUAUCACAUUUUGAAGUUUUUGUCCGAUAUAAAGCUGACCAGAAUUAGCGUUUGGACAUGUUUACCAAACGUGCUAACAAUUGGACAUAAAUAACAGAUUUUUUCGAACAAAACAAACAUUUAUUGUGGACCUGGGAUUCCUGGUGUGCUUUCUGAUGUAGAUCAAAGGCAGAAGAGAAAUGAUCCCCCUGAUAAUUAUAGUUCUGGUGGCCACAGCGGCGGCACAAGCUGGUGCUACGUUCUGUAAUCUCACUGAAGAGAGUGGAAACCAUCAAUGCUAUGGGGCUGUGGGAGAAUGUUUGUCCUUACAUCUGACUGCAAACAGAGAUGAAGAAAAAAUUACAUUGAAGAAAGGUGAUAAUCGUAUUCUGUACUUCCAAACUGGAGAAGACUGGAGAUCUAAAUUGAAUCAGGAUUAUGUGAAUCGCUCCGAGUUCUUUAACAAUGGAACAUUCAGGCUGGACGGAGUUAUAGAGGAAGACUGUGGAGAUUACCAAUUGGAUAUAUUUAAUUCAGAGGGAACAAAGUUGCGGAGAGUCAACAUGCAACUUGAGAUACAAGCCCCGGUGUCAGAGCCAGUGUUGUCUUUCCUCUGUCUGCCUCAUGGAGAGAGCGAGGUCACAUGCUCCUCAGAGGGAGAUGGUCUUCAGUACAGCUGGACCCUGAAUGGACAGAAUCUGACCAGGAGUGUAGCCUAUGACCACUACCAGAACAGUGUCAUCAUACUGAAGAGUGAUGUGACAGGAACCCUGACCUGUAUGGUUCAGAAUAAAGUUAGCAGCAGCAGCUCCACUAUUGAUCUCUCCUUGGCCUGCCCAGUUUUCUCCUCCCAGUUUCGUUUUGUAAUUGUGACAGUAGCUAUAGCUCUAGCUGUUGGAACUCUUGUCCUACUUCUUGCGGUGUUUGUUGGCGUGAACCGUCUCUGUGGGAAACUGAGAUUUGGACAUACUACUUCAGGUUGCUCUAAUGAUGAGGGUGCUGCUGUUGUAUACGCUGAAGUAUUCAAUAAAAGAAAGACAGAAGUCAACCAGAAAGCUACAGAGAUGAUGGAGUAUGGAGAAGUCAAAAUGGCUGCCAGUCUUAAUGAGGAAGAAAGCCCCAAGAAUCAGGGGGACUUGGAAAUGACAACCAACCAGACAUAUGACACAUCUUCUCUGACAACUUUCGGCAGGACUUAGUAGAAACCAAAAAUGUGGGAGUGUAUUACUCCCUUGUAUAUGUUUGUGUUGUCAUUUGAGUCUAUGUAAAUGUAUAUUGCUUCAAAUCUUGAACUUUUAACCCUUUCAACCAAACCUAUAAACCAAAUGGAGGGACGUUGGUCUGAAACAAAAAAAGUUAAAUAUCUUCAUUUUAUGAUUGUGUGAUGUUUUCAGUGUUUGGGAUCUUUUGCAAUAUUGUAUGUUUGCCAUCCAUUCUCCUUCAUUUGCUGCUGACUUGGGUGUGUACUUUAUUUGGCAAUGUCAGAGUGUUAAAUGGUAAAUGUAAGAGAGAAACAUUGAUGAACAUGAUAGCUUAUCUUCCUUGCAAUAUCAUUCUUAUUAAACUUGAAAAGCUAUUUUA